UAAUCAAAGACCCACAGAUUCUCUGAACUCCAAAAGCCACUGAACUGAACUUUUACUCUCUAAAUCCAACAGAUUUAACUGAAAAUUCCCAAUUCAGCAGCUCCCAAACAAAAUAAAAAAGAAAGCUUCCAUUUUUUUUCUGGAAUGGCAUGGCCUUUCUCUUCUCACCAUCUUCACAAUCAAAUUUCUUCAAACCCACAGCAAUUUCAUUGACAAUCCUCACAACCCUCUUGUUCUACCUCCUCUACAUCCCUUCACCACCAACCCAACUCCUAAAUCCUCCAGAGAACCCCUUCAAAAUCCCACCUUUUCCCCAUAGAUCACUUUACACCAGUCCCACUAUCCCAUCAUGCUCAAUUUCCAAUCUGACAUCCACCAAUGGCCUAUUCAACUACUUCUCCUUCCAUUUUUGCCUCUUCCAAGAAAACCAUUUUCUUUCCAUCCCAUUUCUUGCUCUCUCUGUCCUUCUCCAGUUCUAUAUCCUUGUCAAAACCGCCCAAGACCGGUUCUCUGUGGUGGUCACAAAGCUUUGUACUCAUUUGAAGCUCUCUCCUUCGAUGGGUGCUGUGACCCUUUUGGCUUUAGGUAAUGGUGCCCCUGAUGUUUUUGCUUCAGUGGCUGCAGUGAGGGGAGGACAAGCUAGGACUGGUUUUGGCGCAAUUCUCUCAGCUGGGACUUUUGUUUCUGCUUUUGUUGUUGGUUUUGUGGCCAUUUACGCCGCGCCAUUCGCGGUUGAUCCUGGGCCUUUUGUAAGGGAUGUGUUGUUUUACUUGAUUGCUGCAUUGUUUCUGUUCUAUGUUUACUUGAGUGCUGAGAUUUUUUUGUGGCAGGCGCUUGGGUUUGUUGGAUUUUACUUGUUUUUUGUUGGGAUUGUGUUUUGGAUGGAUUUGGGAACGAGUAGCGAGAAGGGGAAGAGGAGGGGGAUUGGUGGCGGGGGUGGCGGCGGCGAUGGGAGUGAGGUGGAGCUGAUUGGGAAUGGGGAGGAGCAGAAGGGGUUGAUAGAGAUGGAUUAUGAAAGUGGGGAAGUUCUAAUGAAAUCUGAAGAUAGCAAGAAGCAGAAUUAUGGGUUUUGGCGAGUUCUCGGAAAGAUCUCGCAAGUAUGGGAGCUUCCGGUCUCAGUGCUUCUCAAACUCACCAUUCCCCAAACUUCACCUUCUGAGUGGAGCAGAUUCUAUCAAUCUGCAAAUAUUGCACUUUGUCCUCUUGCUCUUCUGUAUUCUUGCAGAUCAUUUAUGCCGUUAGAUCAUCCUGUUCUUUUUCUUUUUUCGAAUGUUCAUUUUGCUCUUUGGCUUAUAGUGCUUUGCGGAAGCUGCUCUCUAGCUAUUCUUCAUUUCAUAGUCGAAAAGGAACCCCCCAAAACUGAGCAAAUACCUGUAGUACUUGUAGCAUUUGUGAUGAGUGUAUUCUGGAUCUCAACUGUUGCUGGCGAGCUCCUGAAUUGCCUUGCAGCUCUUGGGGCACUUCUAAAACUGCCCCCAGCAAUCCUUGGGUUGACAGUGCUUGCAUGGGGAAACUCUGUUGGUGAUCUAGUUGCUGAUGUAGCACUUGCAAAAGCUGGCCAGCCAGCGAUGGCUAUGGCCGGGUGCUUUGCUUGUCCAAUGUUUAACAUGCUGUUUGGGCUUGGUACAGCUUUGGUGAUGCAAGCAGCUAACGUCUAUCCAGACGCAUAUGCCCUCCAUUUCCAUGUUAGUAUCGUUAUGGCGUUUAUUUUCUUGCUUUUGAGCUUGAUGGGAUCCAUUUUGGUGGUAACUUGGCACCGAUUCCGUGUUCCAAGAUUCUGGGGGUUCUGCCUUGUGGGGCUUUACGUUAUUUUCAUGAUACUGAGCCUGAUCAUUGCAAUGUUCUGGGUAUGAUUCUGAUGAUGGCGAAGAAUCUAAGCUGCUGCACAUACCAUCUGCAGAACAGGUUAGAUGUGUCAAAAAGAACUCACUUACAGGACACGUUCUCAUGAAGAUAAAGGAGGAUCGAGCAAGAAUUGAGAGACUUACGUUUGAUCAUUUUUGAAGAAUUACGCCUAACCAAAGAUUGAGUGCGAAGUAUUACAGAACCGUGGGUUCCUUUUCCUGUGAAGAGAAACAGCUUUUGAUUUUAUGUUUCCUUACUAAUAACUUCUGCUAGUCACCUUCCAUUCUUGCAAGAUUAACAGGAAAAGCUUUGAUUGUAUCAAAAUACCAUACCUUAUUAGCGCCACGUCUGUAAUCAAAGGUAAACGAGAAGUAUAGCAGCCACCUAUGCAGAUGCCUAUCAAAGAAAAUUCUUUCUUUCU